AGACUUGUAGAGUACUGCUAUUGAAGAAGCAGCAAAACCCAGGAGCCAGAGGGGGAAGCAAAUUGGCUUCUACCUAGUCUGGACCUCAUUUGCAUGCUCCAUACUGGCGUUAAAAACUCUAGCACAACAAAAGGGCUAUACGUACAUUUAUAUAUACAGAGGUAGAUAUCAAGGCUGCAAUAGGGGAAUCUGAAGAAUUUGCUGCGGAAGAGACUGCCUCGAGCAACUUUCAGAUGGGUAAAGCUUCACCGAAUGGCUUGUCUCUUAACGGGGUUGAUCACGUUAAGACGGUCAGCAAUGAAGGGGAAUUUGACCCGAGGGCCCCUCCUCCGUUUAAGAUAGCCGAGAUUCGAGCUGCCAUUCCCAAGCACUGUUGGGUGAAGGACCCAUGGAAGUCUCUGAGUUAUGUGAUUUGGGAUGUCCUUGUUGUUUUCGGACUUGCAGUUGUUGCAAUUUACUUCAACAAUUGGGCUGGUUGGCCACUUUACUGGGCUGCACAGGGGACCAUGUUUUGGGCACUAUUUGUGCUUGGUCAUGAUUGCGGCCACGGAAGCUUUUCCGACAGUCCCUUGCUGAACUGUGUCGUUGGGCAUCUCCUGCAUUCUUCAAUUCUCGUACCUUACCAUGGAUGGAGAAUUAGCCACAGAAGGCACCAUCAGAACCAUGGAAAUGUUGAACAUGAUGAAGCAUGGGCACCGAUUACCGAGGGUAGAUACAAGUCUUUGGAUAUUAAAGUCAAAAUUCUCAGAUUUAAAAUGCCUUUCCCCUUGUUUGCACAACCCAUAUAUUUGUGGACUGGGACUCCGGGGAAGAAACGUUCUCAAUUCAAUCCUUAUAGUAGUUUAUUCCAUCCUGAUGAGAGGAUGUACGUGAUCACUUCAACCAUUUGUUGGGCCCUGAUGGUUGGCCUGAUUUACUACCUAACCAAGCUAAUAGGGCUUGUUGAAAUGCUCAAGAUCUACGGUGUUCCACUCAUGGUUUUUGUUAUGUGGUUCGACUUUGUUACUUACUUGCAUCACCAUGGCCAUGAGCAGAAGCUUCCUUGGUACCGCGGCAAGGAAUGGAGCUACUUAAGGGGAGGGCUUACGACAGUCGAUCGUGAUUACGGAAUGUUCAACAGUAUCCACCAUGACAUAGGAACUCAUGUUGUUCACCAUCUGUUUCCUCAGAUUCCCCAUUAUCACCUUGUAGAAGCGACGAAGGCAGCUAAGCCAGUGCUUGGAGAAUACUACCGGGAGCCAAGAAAAUCACCGGGGCCCAUUCCGUUUCACUUGUACAGUUACAUGGCAAGAAGCGUCCACGAGGACAACUAUGUGAGUGACACCGGAGAAGUUGUGUACUAUCAGAGUGAUCCUCAAUUAUUUGGUUCGUAUCAGAAAAAAAUGGAAUGACCCUUUAAUAGAGAAUAAGUGGUCCUUGCAAAAUGGUUUGUAUCAUCUGGCCCUAUUCUCUUUCAUUGUUCCCUAUGAAAUGGACAUUACUGUAGAUUUAUGUACUCUCUAUUGGAGAACAAGUGUCUCACCAAAAAGAUUGUAUUUGUGGUCUUCUUGUGAUAUCUUGAUGUUUAUGAUCGCUGAUUUGUA